UACACACAACAAUCGGGUGGUAUUGCAAGGCUAUAUUUACGUCUUCAACGAUCUGACGUAAACGCAUCGACCCUUGUCGUAUAUAAAAAUGAUACCAGCGAAAGAUUGAAAACAAAGUUUGAGGACUGGAAGAACGAAUUGCUCUUCCUUAACAGUCAUCAAGUAAUAGCCUUCCAUUUUACUGGGGUCAAUGGCACUGAGCCGAAGGAUAGCGAAGAGAUAUUCAGUAAUACAUUCCCAGACGUUCCGCUGAGUACGUUCUGUUCAUCUGAUGAGUCAUUGAUGACUGGAGUUAACUAUCAAGUUGGAACAAAAUUUACUUUCAAUGUCGGUCCUGUAUAUGCAAUUGUUGCUGUUCGAAAAUUUGGUGAAGGAAAUCCAGUUACGGAAAAUCUUUCCGAGGAAAAUGAUUGAUUUUUAUCAUUGAUUGACUAUUUCACAGACCAGUUUAGAUGAAUCUCGAUGAGCGAUUCAAUUGUUUUGUCAGAAGUUAAAGCCAUAAAGAUAUUGUUAUGAAGAUGUGAUAAAUUUAU